AUGAAGCCGAAAGCUCUUCACAUCUGGUUUGAUCUGAAGCGCCUCCCCUCCCUCCCCCUCCCACCGCCAACGCAGCAGGUGUCCAGGAGAGGAGGGGGGGGGGGGGGCCACGUGGGACACAGCCCGGACCCCAGAGCGGGAGAGCGGACCGGGCCUGGAUUGGAGGAGGGAGGAUGUAGCUCAGAUCUGCAGUGUGCGGAGGAGCCUGCGUCUGAUUGGCCUGAUACACAGCAACACAAUGAUCCCGGUCUGAAUGAUCCCGGUCUGAAUGAUCCCGGUCUGAAUGAUCCCGGUCUGAAUGAUCCCGGUCUGAAUGAUCCCAGUCUGUGCUUCUUCACGGACCGGGCCUUCCUCAAAGACUUCCAUUCAAUCUGCGGCUUCGCUCUCAAUCAGGGACCGGGCUAUUUUUACCCUCGGCAGCAGCAGCAGAGUGGGAGGGAGGGGGGGGACAGGGAUUCCCUCACACUGUCAGGCUGA